AUUUUCAUUUCAUUCCGUAAACUUAUUAUUUUCUAUUUUUCCACUAAUUUCCUUAAAAAGUGGUGUUAAUUCCUUGCCAGCUGUGAUUUUUCGAACUACGCUUAUUUAAAUGAAAACUAUUAAGUUAUCCCUUUAAAAUUCCCAUCUGGUUUGUGUUUAUUGACCACGCGGAGACACGCUCCGCUCGUCACAAUGGAAAACCUUGAUGAGAAUAAUAAAAACGUGUCAUUGAGUCUGAUCGCUGAGUACGGCGCUUCGGACUCGGAUUCCGAUGACACGGAGACGCCAUCGAUCGAGAACAUGGGGAACGACGAGGCGGAGGAGGCGGCGGAGAUGAGCGAGAUGGUGUUGAAGAAUAACAUUAUAAAUGCUUGUGCCCACGGCCCGCUGUCUGCCUCUAGCAGUAGGGAUGAUGAGGAGACCACGCGCCACAUGAUCAUAGACAGUGCGGAGAGUGGAGUGGUCGAGUAUGAGGUGACCGAGUACAGAGAUGUGGACUCUAGUGAUUCAGACUCUGAUUCCAGUGACAGUGAUGUAGACAGUGUCAAAGACAUCGAGGAAUUGUCCAGUGGUGAUGAGAAUGAAGCCAAACCGGAGAAGGCGGAACCCCUGAAGGUGCACGGGGAGCUGGGUCUGGACGACCUCCCGCCGAUCGAGGACCUCGCCAUUAGCCUGCCCGCACAGGAGACCACCAAGAUUGGCACCAUAGCUAGUAUUGUUGAUAGAUUAGUGAUAGUCCGCGCGCUGCCGGACACUCCUGCCGUAGAUUUAGACAGUGUUUUAUUCUUAGAUAAUGGUGCUAAAGCUUUGGGAAAAGUCUUUGACGUCUUUGGACCUGUGAAUGAGCCCCACUACUGCGUGCGCUUCAACUCGGCGGCGCACGCGGCGGCGCGCGGCGCGGCGCCCGGCACCGACGUGUACAUCGCGCCGAGACGCACCGAUCAUACGAAUUAUGUGUUCCUGGCUGAGCUCAUGAAGGUGAAAGGCUCCGACGCCUCCUGGCUCAACGACAUCGAGCCGCCACCGCACCAGGUCGACUAUUCCGACGACGAAGAAGAACGUCGCGCCAAGAGACAGAGCAAGCAGGCGAGGCAGGGGGCGGGGGCGGGGGCGGGGGCGGGGGCGGGGGAUGAGGCGGCGGGGGACGAGGAGCGCGGGCAGAGGAAGAUGCUGGAGGCGAGGAGGCAGAGGCCGUCCGAGUCUAGUAGCCGAUUCGGCAGCGGUCCAAGCCGAGGCCGCAACCCCUUCUCCGGCAACAGCAACCGCCGCAACCAGAACCAGCCCAUGUACCCGCGCCCGGGCUACGGCCGCGGCUGGCCCUCCGACAUGCGCACGCCGCCGCCGCACCCGCCCCAGGACAGCGGCCCGCCCCCGCCGCCCUUCAUGUUCCCGCCCCCGCACGCGCCCCCCAUGUGGAGCGGCUACCAGUUCGCGCCCCCUCCGCCUGCCCUGAGAUACCCGCCGCCCCCGCACUGGCUCAACAGCGGCCCGCCCCCGCCUCCCGGCACUUAGUGUAGUCUAGAUGGUAGUUUUAAUGUUAUUGGUAACGUUAGCGCAUUAAUUAUUGUUUAACAAUAUUCGAUAGUGUGGAUAUCCAAAUAAUUCUCUAUAUUUAUAUUCAAUAAAUAUUAUAUCAUAGUGAUGUA